AUAUAUAUAUAUAUAUUGGUUUGUUCAUAUGAAAGGUUGUUUGAACGCAUUAAUUGCCCAUCUAACAAUACCAUGUUGCAUAGACGCACAUUCUCGUUCUUCUUCUUCAUUACGACUACUCUUGUCCUCAUGACAUUCACAUCAUCAUAUUCACAUGCGCAUUCCAUUGCCAUCUCAUCAAGAUCAAUGGCAGACAUGGAAAGGUUCAGCAAUGCUGGGAGAGGCAGCAACAUCACCGGAAUAUCAGAGUUCAAGAGAUAUCUAUGGCGUUUUGGGUACCUCAACCAUAAUAUUAAUACCACAUGUACUUGUUUCAGCGACGAGUUUGACGCCAUGUUAGAAUCUGCUCUCGUUAGAUACCAACGCAAGCUUGGACUCCAAGUCACUGGCAAGCUCGAUUCCAUCACCAUUUCUCAGAUGAUCACACCGAGAUGCGGAGUUCCAGACAGUAAUGAUCACACUCACACUCACAUGCACUCCACAAAGAACUUUGUGUAUUUUCCGGGGAAGCCACGGUGGUCGGGUCCAAUGCCGACGACACUCACCUACGCUUUCUCCCCGGAAUACACCAUCCACACCUUGACCCUUCGCCAGAUCCGGAGAGCCUUCCGACGCGCCUUCACGCGCUGGUCUAACGUCAUUCCUCUCACAUUUGUGGAAUCAGACGACUACGGUUUUGCUGAGAUCAAGAUAGGGUUUUACAGCGGCGACCACGGCGAUGGCGAGGCUUUCGACGGGGUUCUUGGAGUGCUGGCGCAUUCAUUCUCGCCGGAGAGCGGGCGGCUACACCUGGAUGCGGCUGAGACGUGGGCGGUGGACUUCGGGGAGAGUUGGUCGGAGGUAGCGGUGGAUUUGGAGUCCGUGGCAACGCACGAGAUUGGACACGUGCUUGGUCUGUCACACAGUUCGGUUAGAGAGGCAGUUAUGUAUCCCAGCUUGAGGCCGAGAGAGAAGAGAUAUCGUCUCCACAUUGAUGACGUCAUGGGAGUCCAAUCUCUUUAUGGCUCCAACCCUCAUUUCAGAUCAUCUGAUGUCUCGUCGCUUCAAUCUGCUAUCUCCGCAAAUCAAGCUCCUCCUCGCUUUCCACCAUUCAAUAUUCUUCUCUCUUGUGCAUACCUUUUCUCUUUCUUUAUAAUUUUUUGCAGAGGAUACAAACACGUGACUUGAGGGAGCAUCAGUUCCCAGCAACACGCUAACGAGGAUGAAAAAUAUAAUAGUAAAUAGGAAAUAUUGGUUCGUGCAAUAAUCACAGAGGCAUGGGUGGGGAACAAAAUAAAAAGAUUAGUGAUGACAAUAAGAGCAUAUGUCGAAAGGAUGAGCAUGCACGUGUAUAUGUGGAGCGAAAUCUGAGUUCAACGUGUUAAGUGUAUGCUUAUAUAGAUCUUAAAGUUUAUUACAUCCACAAGAUAUAUAGAUAUAUGGGGAACACGUAAAGUGGGCGCGGGUCAUCUUCUUAGAACGCAAAAUAUUAUCUUUCGUUCCUUUACUACACACCGCAUGCAUUGGCGGGUCAUAACUUUUCUAGUUUUCUUAACACAACC